AUGGCGAUCGCAACCGAGACUCAACAACAACAAGAACACGAGAAUUCUUCUGAGUGCCCGGUAGCUGAGGAAAAGAGGUGGUGUAGACACGACUUUGAUAUUGGGAAGCCUCUCGGCAGAGGGAAAUUCGGACAUGUGUUUGUUGCUAGAGAGAAAAGGAGCGAACAAAUUGUGGCACUAAAGGUAUUGUUCAAGGAGCAGCUAAAAGAAUCUCAGGUUGAGCAUCAGCUUCGUCGUGAAGUGGAGAUACAGAACCACCUUCGACAUCCUAACAUAUUACGACUCUAUGGUUACUUUUACGAUCAGAAAAGAGUUUAUUUGAUUCUAGAAUAUGCUGCUAAGGGAGAACUCUAUAAACAGCUACGAGACUGCAAACAUUUCAGUGAAAGACGUGCUGCUACAUAUAUCGCAUCAUUAGCUCGGGCACUCAUAUAUUGCCAUGGGAAGCAUGUGAUACAUCGGGACAUCAAGCCGGAGAACCUUCUGGUUGGGGCACAGGGUGAACUCAAAAUUGCAGAUUUUGGCUGGUCAGUGCACACUUUCAAUCGCAGGCAGACAAUGUGUGGAACUCUCGAUUAUCUUCCCCCUGAGAUGGUGGAGAGUGUGGAGCAUGACACAAAUGUUGAUAUAUGGAGCCUUGGUGUCUUGUGCUAUGAAUUUCUCUAUGGAGUUCCCCCUUUUGAAGCAAAGGAGCAUUUAGACACAUACAGAAGGAUUAUCCAGGUGGACAUAAAAUUCCCUCCACGACCAAUAGUCUCUUCAGCGGCAAAGGAUCUCAUAAGUCAGAUGCUGGUAAAGGAUUCUUCGCAACGCUUGCCUCUGCACAAACUACUCGAGCAUCCAUGGAUUGUGCAAAAUGCUGAUCCCUCUGGCAUUUACAGAUGUUAA